AUGGAUGUUCCAAAGUUCAACGAACGCGAGAAAGCCCUUGAGAACGAUUACAUCCGCCGCAAGGAGUCCGUCGUGCCCGAUUCCUGCCUCUGGCAUUCGCCCCAGCUAUGGGCGGAGAAGUUCAAACCGGCCGCGCCGACUCAACCUGGCAAUACCCAAGCCUCAAAUCCGGGGCAGAAUGCCCAGCCGAAGAAGUGA